GGGCUCUGGAGGACGGCAGAGUAGAAGGAUGCUUUAACACCAGCCUGCGCUUGCUGGGCACGGCGGCUCCUCCUACCCUCUCUCUCCGCCACCCGUUACAUCCCCGCCCCGCUCGCCCAGGCAGAGCCAGCGCAAGAGGCGCAGGAACAGGGGAUGCUUUUGCAGAGCGGGCGCCGUCCAGGUUUGCAAAGGCGAACAGAAGCAGAACCGUUAGCCUCCGCCCCUUGCGUCUCCGUCUCUUCAAUCUCCUGCUUUUUUGCAGAGCUUCCUGACUGAAUCAUCAGCCUGGUGUGACGCCCAGGAGCGGGUGAGGAGCGCCCAGGAAGCCUAGAGGGAGCUAAGAGGUGGUUGUAGUAGCCACCGGGUAGGGACCAGGUUGCCAGGCGCCAGGGCUAGCGGGAUGUGGCAGGGUUGGCCGGCUGGUUUGGGUGGCUGGUGGGCGGCGGAGCCCAGCCUGGCGCGAAGCAUGGAGCCCGGCUCAGAAUGAAGGCGGCGGCGGCCGGGCUGCCCGUCGAGGCGAGGAAGGGGCGAGUCAGAAGAGGAGGAAGGAGGUGGAGGCGCCCCCCGACGACGCGAUGUCGGUGCCUUUGCUGAAGAUCGGCGUGGUCCUCAGCACCAUGGCCAUGAUUACCAACUGGAUGUCCCAGACCUUGCCGUCCCUGGUAGGGCUCAACACCACCAAGCUGACUGCAGCCUCCGGGGGCACCUUGGACAGGAGCACUGGGGUGAGUUGCCCCUUUCUUUGACAGGGGAUGGGCUUGGGAGAGGGCGGGGAGGAAGGAGCAGCAGAGGAACAUGGACCCUUAGUCCAUCCAGCUCAGUAGUGUCCACACUGACUGGCAGCUGUGGCUCUCUCCAGGGUUUCAGGCAGAAGACCUUUGUAAUUGAAUCUGGGACCUUCUGCAUGCAAAGCAAAUGCUCUACCCAUUAAGAAAUAGCUGCUCCUGGUGAAUGUAGGAAGCUGCCUUAUCAGACCCUUGGGCCAUCUAGCUCAGCAGCACCCAGACUGGCAGCAGUAGCUUUCCAGGGUUUCAAGCAGGGGAUUGAACCUGGGACCUUCUGCAUGCAAAGUAGAUGCUCUUCCUCUGAUUAACCUUAAGAGCUAGUCAGACCCUUGGUCCCUCUAGCCCAGUCCUGCCUGAACUACCUGAACUAACUAGAAGAGGUUAUCCCAGGUUUCUGGCAGGGACAUUCCCAGUCCUGUCUGAAGAGGCCGUUGCAGGGUCAAACAUGGGAACUUUUGCAUGCUAAGCAAGCGCUGUCACUAAGCUAUGAUGGCCUUUCCCCAAAUGGGUGGGUUCUUGCAGAACUGGGAGCCUCCAAACUCUCUCCUCCUAGGAGACACACCUUUAGAAGGGCAGGGUGGGUGCUGGCUGGCUGGAAGUGUGUAGAUCACCUUCUGCCACCUGUGGUCAACUUGGCAAGCAUCUACCCAAUAGGGAAGGUUACAUACACAGAGACAGGCACACAGACAGACAGACAUAUUGCAUCCAAUCCAUCAGAGUCUUUUUAGCAGGUGGCUUGGAGCGGGGCAUAUAUCUUGUGUCACUCCCUUCCUCUCUUUCUAACUUAAAAUUGUGUGUGUGUGUGUGUGUGUGAGAGAGAGAGAGAGAGAGAGAGAGAGAGAGAGAGAGAGAAAUCAUCCACCCUAUAAGCAAAGUUGUCUUAAAAUACUAGCUUUGCUUAUAGGGUGGAUGGUUUCACACACACAAACUCACACACACACCAUUUAGUCGCCUCCCACCACCUAAAUCCCCCCUCUGUAGAUUAUCAGGUGCAAAUUUCAUACAAAGGCUUGCCAUUGCAGGCCUCACUGCUUUGAGUCCUUAGCAAUGCCCUGACCACCAGCAGUCCUGCCUGCAGUUAGACAUUUUGGCUUUCAAAGACUUCAGCUCUCUUUUCUCCUCAUCCAGUCCUUGGGUGUCUUAAGAUUGGGAAGUGGCUGAGGUUCUCUUUAAAAAAGAAAAAAAGAAAAAGCAAGCAGUGUUUUGUGGGGGAGGGGGCUCUGCCCUCUCCUCUCCAUCCCAUCCAUCAGAGUCAGAGGGAGGAGAAUGUGGUACCCAAUUUUUGCAUCUGUCCACACAUAUGACCUGGUGCAGCACUUUCUAAAUGAAGGGAUGGUUUGCAUACCAUCCUAGGACUGAAACAUCAGGUGAGGUCUUGGAACACCUGAAUAUGCUUCCACAUGUCAAACAAUGCAGAAAUCCCUCCCCCCUAAAAAAACAGAAUCACAGGAACUGUAGUUUUAUCCCCCACAGGGUGACCAUUUUCAGCACCCUUCACAAACUAGAGUUCCCGAGAUCAUCCAAGGAAGGACUAUGCUUUAAAUGCAUGGCAUGUAUUCAGUCAUGUACAAUGCUGACCCAACCCUAUUGCAUGCAGAGUUUCAUUCAUACUUCUUUCAAGAAAUGGCUUGUUCACCUUCAUGUGCGAGCAGGUUCUGGGGUGAGAUUUGGAAGUGUACUGUGGAGCAGGACAGUGUGCGAGCCUCAAAGAAAGAGAGCUUGCAUCAGGGUCCCAGUCCUGUGCACGCUUAUAUGUCCCAUAUAAAAAUAAAAUUGGUGUGUGGAAAGAUGGAUUGAGUGGUGAUUGUGAUUGGUGGGGAGCAUUGAAAUACCCACUCUAAGGGGAAUCCUCUUAGUGUUGGUCUAACAAGUGGACUUAAUGCAGCGGGUUUGGAGUCUGUGAUGUGCUUUGCUGGUGGGGGGAGAGAGCACUUUGUGGCUGAGAGCAUGAACCCCCCCCCCCCCAUAAUCCGUCUCCCUAAUUGUAAGCCCAGUGAACUGUGGCUGACCAUGUUCAUUCUCCUCCUUCCUGUUUAUCAAUCUCUUGCCCUGUGCAAUGUCAAAAUUGUGGUGGUUUUUUUAUAGCCACCUUAUGAUGUUGUGCAAGAAAACGGUGUACAGGUGGAGAAGUGUGAUGGGGCCCACCAGUUCCCACCUGUCUCCUCCUCCAUCACCACCAUUCCCUUCCCACCCACCCCACCCCCCAAAAAGAGGCAUGAAGGAUAUAGGAAGGAACAGCCUUGAUUUAUGCAGCAAUUCAUUUCAUUUUUUCAUCUUCAAAACGGGAGGUAGUUUUUGUCCAGGAAUUAAGAUGGCAGGGUGCAGUUGACUCUGGAUUAAGCCCCAUCAAAAACAGUGAGACGUCCUUCUGAGCAAACAGAUGCUCAGAUUUCUGCUGCAAAUCACGCUGUUCAUUGCAAUAUGGGGUGUGUGUGUGUUGCUCAGAAAUGAUUGCUGACUAGGUCAAUUACCGUGUGUAUAGGGGGUGAAACACAAGAUUUAUAAAGCAGCUGUAAAUCUUUGUGUGUGUGGAGGGAGUAAAAACAACAACAACCAACAACACCAUGUCCUGUAUUUGCUGUUAAAACACAGGCUCUUUAAGGGAUUAGAGCAAAUGAAAUUGAAAGAAGCAAGCUGAAGCGUGUACAGAAAAGAGCGGCCAAAUUGAUAAGAGGUCUGGAAACCAAGCCUUAUGAGCAAUGGUUGAGGGAGUUUGGGAUGUUUAGCCUGGAGAAGAGGAGAAGGAGAGGGGAUAUGAUAGCCAGUUUCAAACAUCUGAAUGCCUGCCACAUGAACGAUGGAGCAAACUUGUUUUCUAUUGCUCCAGAGGGCAGGACCCAAAUCAAUGGAUUCAAGUGAGAAGAAGGGAGAUUCCAACUAGACAUUAGGAAGAACUUUCCAACAGUAAGGUCUAUUCGACCGUGGAACAGACUUCCUUGGAAGGUGGUGGACUUCUUUACUGGAGAUUUUCAAGCAGAGGUUGGGUGGCCACCUGUCAGGCAUUAUUUAGUUGUGAUUCCUGCAUUGCAGAGGGUUGGGCUGGAUUACUCUUCCAGUUCUACAGUUCUACGAUUCUGUGAAACCAAUAUGCUUUUGGGAAUAUUCCCUGUUGCUGAGGCUGAUGUGCCAUUUUUACAGUGGAUGUCUCACCUGAGCAGGGAAGAUUAAUGAUCUAUUCAGGGUCAGGAAGAGGAGAGGGAAGAAUCUGCUACCCAAACUCUUUUUAGACUGUUCCCUCCACACUCUUCAGAUGAAAUCCCACCCCACCCCCAAGAAAUCUCUCGGUUGUGAUCAUUAUGGCUAUGAUUUAAGGUGUCGUUUUGUUAGCCAGUUUCCUGGAUUUAGGUUAUUUUAGAAAGCAGAAGUCUAAUGUGGGUGGAGAAGGGUCUGAUAUCUUUUCAAGGUGUGGUUUGGGUAAUUUGCAAAAGGACCAGAGCUCUUGCAUUUGUGAGCCCCUGGAUUUGAAAAGUACAUUUAUUAUUAUUAUUAUUAUUAAUUAGGUAGGUAUCCCACCUUUCCUCCAAGCAACUCAAGGUGUAUAGUUCUCCUGCCUAUUUUAUCCUCGCAACAACCCUGUGAAGUAAGUUGGGCUGAGAGUAAGUGACUGGUGUAAGAGUUUCCUGACUGAGCAGGGGGCUUGAACCCUGGUCUCCCAGAUGCUAGUCCAACCCUCUAACCACUAUGCCAUGCUGGCUCUAUUAAGAUAUUGUCUUCCUAUUUCCAGGUGAGAAAGACAAAGGGGAGUUUGAGAGAAUGUGACUCUUUGGAAUCAGUGCCAAAAGGGUGUGUGUUGUUACUGAAGCAGGAUAAUGUUGUGAUGGGGGUGGAAGGGGUGUGUUGAUGUGGGAAGGGGAGACAGUGUGUGAAAGCAGAAGACAUCCCAGUGUCCCAGAAGCUGGGUCGGGGAUGGUUUUGCUAUGAUUCCUGCAUUGCAGGGGGUUGGACUAGAUGAGCCUUUGGGGUCUCUUCCAACUCCACAAUUAUAUGAUCCAGUGAUCCCUGCCCAUCAACCAUGCUGGCUGUUGGGGCUGGUGGGAGCUGUAGUUUAUUUAUUUCAUAAAAUGUAUAUACUGCUUGGUUGUAUAAAACCUCAGUGUAGUCCAACAACAUCUGGAAGGCACCAAGCUGGAGUCAACUCUGGCUGGCAGCAGCUCUUUGGGUAAGGGAAUGCAGAAUCUGGGGUCUCAGUCCUCUCUCCCCUUGUCUGAAACAUACAGAUUAAAUAUGGAAGGAACUAUUUUCAUUUGUAGGAUUUUUUUUACUUCUCCUCCUUCUCCUCCCCCACUCCCCACCCACUUUGGUGAAACAGACUGACCAUAAAGAUGCUUUUAAAGUGGUUAAUUAUUUACAGAGCUACAAAAAUAGUCCCUAGAGCCAUUCUCUGGAACUCCAAGUACCUGGAAAAUUCGGACAAGAUGUUUCUCUGUCCAUUCUAAAAGAAUCACAGUAAACAGUAAUGUGCAUGAUUGCAAAGGUGGGAGUUGCCAGUUUAUCUGAGCAUUGGGUUCUAAACAACCAGGUUCAUACCAUCCUAUAUUUCUCUGAUGAAAUAGGGAUGUCCUAUUCCAUUAGUAGUAGUAGUAGUACCCCGGACAUCUGACUGGGUUGCCCCAGCUACUCUGGGUGGCUUCCAACUAAUAAUAAUAAUAAUAAUAAUAAUAAUAAUAAUAAUAAUACAUUAAACAUAAAAACUUCCCUAUGCAGGGUUGCCUUCAGAUGUCUUCUAAAGGUUGUAUAGUUACUUGUCUCCUUGGCUUGGGGGUCACAAAACUCCAUACCUUCCAACAUUUCUCCGAUGAAAAUAGGAAUGUCCUAAGGAAAAGCAGGACAUUCUGGGAUUAAAUCAAAAAUCGGGAUGGCUUCUGUAAAUCCAAGACUGUCCCUAGAAAAUAGGGACACUGGGGGGGGAGGGUCCUGCAGGUUUCACUCAGAGUAGACCCACUGAUAUCAAUUGGCCAAUGUUAGUCACAAGUGUUGAUUUUAAUAGGCCUGCCCCAAGUAUGGCUAAUGCAGGAUACAACCUCAUGGAGGAGAGGGCUAUCAGUGUCUACUGCUUUCACAGUCAGAGGUAGCAAUGCUUCUGAAUACCAGCUGUUAGAAGCUGCAGGUGGGGAGAGGGCUGCUGCCCUCAAGCCAUGCUUGUGGGCUUCCCAUCUGGUUGGCCACUGUGAGAACAGGAAGCUAGACUAGAUGGGCUCCCUUUGGAGCCAAGGUCUUCUUAAGGAGGUCUGUUGUGACAGCACAACCUCCAUACCAGAUAAUGGGAAAUAACAAUUGAAGAGUUCCUUGUUUUGCACCGCUUUCCCAUGCGGGUGCAAAGAGGGAGAUUCAGGGCAUGACGCAGAUCCCGCCACCUUCAAAGUUAAGUGAUGUGACUUGAUUUCUCAGCAUCCCUCCUAAUCUUUCUCAUGCGCAGAUUAAAGGGGUGGAAUAACUGCCCUGAGAUCUGCAGAUGAAGGAUGGAUAAGAUUGAUAGAUGAUAGAUAGAUGAUUGAUUGAUUGAUAGAUAGAUGAUAGAUAGAUAGAUAGAUAUAGAUAGAUAGAUAGAUAGAUAGAUGAUAGAUAGAUAUAGAUAGAUAGAUGAUAGAUAGAUGAUAGAUAGAUAGAUAUAGAGAUAGAUUAGAUAGAUAGAUAGAUAGAUAGAUAGAUAGAUAGAUAGAUAGAUAGAUAGAUAUAGAUAGAUAGAUGAUUGAUAGAUAGAUAGAUAAUAGAUAGAUAGAUAGAUAGAUAGAUAGAUAGAUAGAUGAUAGAUGAUAGAUAGAUUUCAUGGUGGGUCCAAGCAUCAAGGAGUUCCAGUGUGGAGGGGGCCACUUUUUUGGUUCUUGGGACCUUGCAGUUUACCCUCAAUUCAAGAGAAAUUGUCCUCACACAACCUUCAGACCAAAACAUCACAGUAAAAAGGCAGAUUUUUUAAUACAACUGUAUGAUGGCUAUGCCCUGCCUCUAUAGCUGGAAGCAGUAAAUGCUUCUGGACUUCUGUUGCUGGAAACUGCAGGAAGGGAGAGGGCUCUUGUGCCCGGGUCCUUCUUUUGGGGUUCCCAUAAUGGGCAUCUGGGUGGCCUGUGUGAGAACAGGAGGCUGGACUAGGUGGACUAGAUGGCAUGAACCAGCUACAGAGCUCUACACUACCUCCACUAUCGGAGGCAGUGUGUCCAUGAAUACCAGUUGCUGGGAACCACAGGGCUCUUGCACCCAAAUACUUCUUUCAGGCUUCCCAGGAGAGGCAUCUGGUUGCAGCAGCAUAGCAUGGGUUGCCACGAGAGCCAAGCGGGGCCUGCCCACCCACGCAAGGGGGAGCCUGGCUGGCCAAGGCAGCUCUUGGUGGGCAAAUCCCCCUAAUGUCCUCAGAGAGGAGCGCCGGGCCGGGCUGCACUGGGGUCUUCCCUUCCCACCUCCCUCCAUCUGUGCCUGCCCACCGUGGGCCUGGGCUGCUCCCGCUGUUGUCUGGGGAACACAGUCUGCUGAGCGAAAAGCAAGUGCCUCUGUGGUUGCCAGCCUCUGCUGGGGUCGGGGUGGUGAGGCCAGGCUGGGCUCUAGGGCUCAGAGACCCCUUGCAGACAGGCAUGGAAGCCAGGAGAGCCAGGGAUGAGGCCUGCCAGAACCUGCAUGGGCAGUGGCAGCAGCCCCUGAUGGGCUGCUCUGUCACCUUUGCAGGACGGGACAGAAAUCCUAACAGAAGCUGUAGGGGUGCCUAGUUGUACGCUCGGGGCCAUGGCCCCCCUAGUCUCCCCCAUGCUACGCCACUGUCUGAUUGUCCACUAUGAGAACACAGUGCUAGACUACGUGGCGCCCCUUUGGUCUGAUCCAGCAGAGCUCCUCUUAUGUUCUUAAAUUCUUGGCAAUGUUAGAUGUGAAGAUUAAUGGGUCUGUGUUGGGCAAGGAGGGACCUCAGAAGCCCCCAGCUUGAAGCAUUGUGAGGCUCUAAACAUUACUUCUCCCAUGAGUUCACUUAAAGGUAAAGGUAAAGGACCCCUGACAGCUAAGUCCAGUUGCAGACGACUCUGGGGUUGCGGCGCUCAUCUCGCUUUACUGGCCGAGGGAGCCGAUGUUGAGUUCACUUAGGUGGUCUUAAAUGAGUGACACCCACACACCCAAAGCCACACAUCCCACCAUCAGCUGCAAGACAGGGACAAGAAAGAAUUCUGGCCCACCCAGUGGUGUUGCAUGAGCAAGCAGCGCCUGGGGCAGGCACAUGCGUGACGGAAGGGUGCAUGUGCGCCAGGUGCAGGCAGGGCAAAGAGGGUGAAGGAACCAGCCGUGGCACUGCAGCCAACCCCAUCAGAGCGACCCUGCCCCACCCUGGAGCCAAGCAGGGGCACAGUGUGCCCACCCACACAGAGGGGAGCCUGGCCAGAUGAGGUGGCAUUUGGCUGGCGCAAAGCAGGUGCCCCCACACUGGGACCCCCAGCAUGGCCUGUCCCAGUGCUCUGCUCCACGAGCGUUGGUUCCACCAACAUCAGGAGAGGAGCACCGGACCGGGCCGUGUGGGGGUUGCCUGUAUGGGGGGGCUGCUUUGCGCCACCUCAAAAAUCUGCGUCCGGGGCAAUGGCCCCUCUGGCAUCCCCGAGCUACGCCCCUGGGCCUACCUUAUAGGAUUGUUGAAUAGAUUACUGAGAUGAUGUCUGUACUCUGAACACUGUAGUUACUAAACAUUUUUAUCUGUAGCAUCUGGAUGUGUAAUACUUUGAAUUUUGUUCUUUCUCUAUAUAAUUAUCAUCCUUUGCAUUAAUUGUCACUCACAACAUGAAAUAAACAGAAUACAAAAUUCAAAAUAACACCAAAAGUAUAAAAAGAACAUGAUGGACUAAAGCUGUCCAUCCUGUAAUAAAAUAAAAAAGGACAAACCCUACCCCACCUGGCUGAAAAAAUGUGGUGUUGUUGUUUUAAUCUCCACAGUAGAAGCUGGUAAUAAUGGUGACAUGCAUUCUUUCUUUCUUUCAAUCUUUGAUCCAUUUCCUUAUCUUGCCAGUCCUCCCCUUUCGACUUUCUAUCUAGCUCCCUAUUGUCUGUCUCUCCGGUAUGUGGGGAGGAUGGGGGGAGGGCUAUCCCUCAUGCAUCCACCCGCAUUGCCAGUUCCCCACAAGCAUCUAGUGGGCUGCUGUGGGAAAAGAAUGCUAGGCUAGAUGGCCCAUUGGCCUGAUCCAGCAGACUCUUCUUAUGUUCCUAUAGACCCUAUGGAACCUCCAAGUCCAGACGCAGUGCCUAGGUUCUGUGGGGUAUUUGUCCCCUGUGAGAACAGGACACUGGCCUAGAUGGGUCCCUUUUGGUCUGAUGCAUCUCUCAGGUUCUUAUUCUGUGUUCUCUUAUGCUUCCUUCCCCUAUGCCAAACUAGGUGUUGCCUACCAACCCAGAAGAAAGUUGGCAGGUCUACAGUUCUGCUCAGGACAGCGAAGGGCGCUGUAUAUGCACAGUGGUGGCCCCCCAACAGACAAUGUGCUCGCGCGACGCCAGAACGAAGCAACUGCGGCAGCUAUUAGAAAAGGUAACCAGGUGUCCCAGGAAGACCCAGAGGGUGGGAGGGCGUAAUGACUACUCUGGGAUGCAAAUGGAGCUGAGCUUAACUACUGCAUAACCAAGUAUGGAUUUGAGAUAAAGAUUGCCCAAUUGCUCUCUUGUUUUUUGGGGAGGGGGGAGGAGUGAAUAUUUGUAACAGAACUUCAGCUUGAAUGUGUUGUUUCCCUACACUUGCCUUGCCCCACAACUACAACCUCUAAUGGAUUUUGGUGAUAGGUUAAUCAUCUAAAGUUUUAAGUUGAUUAAUUGGUGGAACUUGCUUUUUAAAAAAACAAAAAACAACCACAACAGGGGGUUAUGUCCCUCUACCUUCCACCAACCUACUGCUAUAAUCUUUAAUGAACUUCAGUAGUAGAUUAAUCUUGCAGGUCCCCCUUUCCAAACACAAUGCAUCCUGUUCGCUAGGCAAGCAUUCAUGUCAUGAGCUGAUUAUUUCCCUUAUUUCCCAUGGGAACAUUUCUCAUCUGUCCCUGCCACUCUUCAUAGUUUCUGCCUGGAAUUGGCUGCUGUUGACCAGCAAUGCAAAAACAAGGGAGUGGGCAAACUCCUGCUGCUCAAAUAUGUGAAUCAGCUAUGCCUGGAGCGUGGCUUCAGGGUAAUUCUUUAUGUUCGGGUAACUGAAUUGCAGAUAAUUAGUGUUCCGAUAGCGGGACCUGCAUGCAUUUUUAAAGGGUUGUGUCUCCCAUCCUUACUUCACUCCAGAAAUACAAUAUUUAAUGAACUUCAGUGGUAGGUUAAUCAACUCAACUUUAGUUGAUUAAUUGGUGGGGCUGAAAGUUGGGAACUUGUUCCUUUAAAAAAAAAGUCUAUUAUUAUUAUAUUAGGAAAUAGAAAAACUGGUGAUGAGUUCCAGCUAAGUCAUCCUGAAUGUCACCCAACAACUCUCCCUUCAGUGUAUAAAAUGUCAGUUAUUUGCAAUUUUAUUUCAUUUGAACCAACUGAUUGAGAAAAAGGCAGUUGGUAAAAUGGCUAAAAUGUUUAAUCUUUGCAUAAGGUUCACAGUUCACAAUUUUGAAAUUCUUGCAUUCGAUCAGUAGAAUUAUAUUGGUUGGAGAACAUAAUACCAAGUCCAGUUGUAUGGGUGAAAACCUGGGUAAUUAUGAAAUUGUGAGCAAAAAAAAUAAUGCAUAAAAUCACACACACACACACACACACACCCUUCUCCAGUUCUGAACUGUGAUAUCUUUAUAGAGGAUUUGGCCUUCUCCCUUCUGCAGGUACCUUUUAUAAGAUAUAACCCUUCCACGGUCAAACUCUAAAUACCGAUGCAUGUCUGCUGCCAAACCCUGCCAAAUUUCAAAUAUAGCAAUUGCAUGUCAUGGGGUUCUUCUCACAUUUUAAAUACCUGAGCACGCAGGAGCAUCUACCUAGGGAGAAUAUCUGACAUUUAAAAACUUGCAGGGGAAACUUACUGGGAAGAGCAAAUUUUGUUCUGGCUGUGGAAGGGAUCAAUUAAUUUGCUUUCAUUAAUUCGCUAUGCUUGGAUGUUACGGUGCUGAAAGCCGCAGGAAAAAAAUAUUUUUGAAAGCUUGAGGCACUCUGAUGCAUUCUUGUUAAUUAAAACCGUGAAAAGAUCAAAGCCUUGGGUGUUGUCCCAAAUAAAUCAGCAACAGGAGUGGGUGAGUAUUACUAUCAUCAUCACAUCGCCAAUUGGCAUGGUUUGCAUUACUCUCCAUUCACAGAAUGCUUUAGCAUUUUCAGAGAGCCAGUCGGCCCAAUUUUUCCCUGAUAUAUAUAUAUAUUUUAACAACCAUAGGAAGGAAACAAAAUUAAAAUGGAGCACCAUGCUGUUGUCUCUCUCCUCCUGACAUUAAAGAAAAGCUAGAGUAGGAUGACAGCAUGGCCCACGUCAAAUGCUAGCCAAAAAAAAGGAGUUGUGAUAUGUAGCGAUGUAUAUUUUACACCAACACUCACGUGAUCUGAUUUUAAUAGCCUGCAGGGCAGAGAGAUCAGAAGAAUCUUAUUAAGGGAUAUAAUCUUGGGAUCUAGGGAUUCUUUGCUUAAUGGUUUCCACUGAUCAUGCAUAAAUUCUUAUGAAAUGACAUCUUUUCUGCCCCCCCUCCCUUUGAAUUAAUUGGAUUCUUGUGGGUGAUACCAUUAUCCCUGGCAUUUGGAAGACUAUCUGCCAGGAUUUGAUUAAUAUUUCCAUAUCUAUAUAUCUAUCUAUUUUACCUCCAACUCUGGAAGUAAAUCUUAGCUGGUCCAGAAUUUCUGAAUCUAUACUUCUGAAUCCUUGCAUAGGUUCAAGCUGAGGUCCAUUUGAGCUGCUGGUUCCCAAAAAAAUUCUAGCCACCGACUACUUUCUUCCAUAAAGUCAUCCCCUGUGCCCCCUACCAUACCCUACAAAAAAGAAAAAAUCAGAAUAGCAAUCUGCAUGAACCACUAAGGAAGAUAAUAACAAUAAAAUUCAAAGCAGUCUCCAUGAAUUGCACACCUAUUCAAAAUCCAAUUAAAAGUAUUUACUUUAAUUAAUUCAACAAAAUUGGUGAACUUGAUCUGUUGAUAUCAGCUUUUUAAAGUCUGGUAGUCAUUUACCCCUCCAGCACGUCCCUGCCAACCGCUUGCCUCUUAGUGCAUCCCAGGUAAUCCCAUCUCCCCACAGUGGGUGUACUGCCUACUUUGGGAACCAUUGAUUUAAAUGAACACUCCAUUUCUGACUGUGGACAGCCAUUUACUUCUGGGAGGUUAUGUCCUUCCACUGACGAUGGCCUCCGAAUGAUAUUCAGAGGUAUAGUUCUCCUGAGCAUGGAGGUUCCAUUGAAUUGUUAGAGUUCGUAGCCACCCAGCAGGCCAAAUCCUCUGUGAAGAAAGGUGGACUCUUGUAACUUUUGUAUUACGAAAAAUCAUACCAUACUUCAUGGAGACGUUUUAAGCAGCAGGGCUAGCAUAGCUUAACCCCUGGGAAGGGAAAGCAAGCUUAACUAUGAAUGAUCAAAGAUGGACUAGCCUUAGAGUGGGGAUAGCUUGUACUAUACUUCCAGAGGGGGGAUUAUCCUCGCAGGAGACUGGCGUGUGACAGAGGUGAUCCCAUAGCUGAAGGCAUUUUGAAGGAUAAUAUGGUGCCUUCUCCCCAUCCCAUUUGCAAGAAGUGAUGGAUCCCAUCCUUUCUCAUGACAAUAGAACUUGUGGAUAUCCAACAAAGCUGGGUGUUGAAAGAUUCAGGACAGAUAAAAUGAAGUCCUUCUUCAUGCAAUGCAUAGCUAAACUAUGGAACUCAUUGCCGCAGGAGGCAGUGAUGGCCACCAACCUAGAUGACUUUAAAAGAGGAUUAGACAAAUGCAUGGAGGAGAAGUCUAUCGAUGGCUACUAGGCACAAAGUGCUAUGCUCCGCCUCCGUAUUCAGAGACAGCAGUGGGAAUCUGGUUGGCCACUGUGAGCACAGGAUGAUGGACUAGAUAGGUCCUUGGCCUGACCUAGCAGGGCUCUUCCUAUGGAGGCCUAUUAUGAUAGCAGAACCUCCAUGCCCAGGAACAGUCUACCUCUGAAUACCAGACACUGGGGCUUAAGAACUGGAGGAUACUAUUGCACUCAGGCCCUGCUUGAGGGCUUCUCAUUGUGGCAUCUGGUUGACCCCUCUGGGAACAGGAUGCUAGACCAAACGGGCCUACUUUGGCCUGAUCCAGCAGGCUCUUUUGAUGUUCUUGUGUUGAUUUCCUUAUGCUAUUUCCACAUCACCAUUUUUGCUUUUAAAGAACAGAAUAGAGACACUUGUUCAUCAGCCUCCCACACACAGAGAACUGCAAAAAAGAGGAAAAGGAAAAUCUAAUUAUGUUUGGAGAGGUUGAAAGUAUAACAUACUAUUAGUGGAUUGUUAUAGCAAGGCAGAUCUGUAACAAAUGGAAAUGAAGGUGGUUAAACACACACACACACACACACACACACACACACACACACACACACUUCAAACAUAGAGAGAGAAUCUUCUAGAGUGGCUUUUCACAACAUUUUUAAUAGAAAGUUGACAUUUCUAUGAAGGGGUGUAACCCUCUGCUGUUUGCAAAGCAUGAAGGCUGCAUACAGAACUGGAUUAAAUGAACAUUAAAAGUAUUCCUGGGCUCAUUGUUGCUCAAUGUCUUUGUAAACAACUUGGAUGAAGGUAUUGAGGGAAUGCUCAUCCAAUUUGCAGAUAUCACCAAACUGGGAGGGGUACUCAAUGCUGCAGAAGUCAGAAUUAGGAUUCAAGAUGUCCUUAAAAGAUUGGAGAACUGGGUCAAAUCUUACAAAGUAACAUUUGAUAGGGACAAAUGUCAGGUUCUAUGUUUAGGCAGGAAGAACCAGUUGCACAAAUAUGAUAUGGGGGUGCCUGGCUUGCCAGUAGUGCAUGUGAAAAGGAUCUAGGGGUAUUAGUAGAUAACAAGCUUCACAUGAGUCAACAGUGUGAUGCAGCAGCAAAAAAAAAAAAAAUGAAUGCUAUUCCAGGCUGCAUCAAAAGAAAUCUAGUGUCCUGACCAAAGGAAAUAAUAGUACCUCCCUAUUCUGCCUUGGUCAGACCACACCUGGAAUACUCUGUCCAGAUCUGGGCACCACAAUUUAAGAAAGCUAUUGACAAGCCAGACCAAAGCUAACAAAAGGAAUUUCAAUGGGGAAAAUGUCAGGUUCUGUGUUAGAAGCUACACAAAUACAGGAUGAGGAAAAGCUGGGAAAUGUUAUGUACUGUGUGUUAUGUACACAGCCUAAGUGUAUAAAAUCAGGCUGCAUACAUGCCAUACAUUUAAAGCAUGCAGAAGCAUGUACACACACACACACACACACACACAGAGAGAGAGAGAGAGAGAGAGAGAGAGAGAGAGAGAGAGAGAGAAUUUUGGGAACUAUAGUUUACCCACCACAGCUGCCAAUUUCAAGCACCCUUCAGAAACCACAGUUCCCAUGUUUAUUUGUUUUUGUUUUUAAUGGUGGGGUUCUUUAAAUGAAUGGUGCAUAGCCAGCCUUGGUCUCAUUCAUUAGAUGGCUUUUUACAUGGCACCCACCUCUUCCUGAGUCUCUUCUUGUGAUUGAUGCUGUAAUAUAUCAAGGUGAGUUCAUGGUGCCUAGCAACUGUCUCUAUCGCUGGGGUUCCCGCUUUAUCUGUAUCCAGCAAUCGAUGACUGUCGGGUGUAAAUGAAGAGGUGAUCAUUCACCUUACAGUGAAGACAUCCUUCUUAGUCAAACACACCCAGGCGGUAAUGAAUCGCCUCCUCUGCUUCAGAAGACAGGUGAGUGAACAGAAGAAUGAAAAAAGAGGCUCCAUGAUUGUCCUCAUUUGCACCAAAGAUGAUGAGUUUAACUGAUUAUAAGAACGUUGGGGAUGGGCCAUAGCACCUACAUGCUUAUUCAGAAUCAUGAGGACUAGAAUCUUGCUUUAUUUUUAGAGGAAUGUUGGUAGCUCAGUGAUAAAGCAAUAGCUUUGCAUGCAGAAGGUCCCAGGUUCAAGGCCCAAUGGGAUCUCCAGGUAGGACUGAGAGAGAGACCCCUGUCUGAAAUCCGUGUUGUCAGUACUGAAGUACUUGGAUCAGUGGCCUGACUCUACCUACUAACACAGCUUUCUGUUUAAUUGAACCUUUUAUUCAGAACUAUGAGGACCAGAAUAUUCCUUAAUUUUUAGGGGAAGGGCAAUAGCUCUGUGGGUAGUGCCUGCAUCCUCACCAAUUUCAUGGAUAAUAAAAUGAAACAGCACCAUAAGUUUAGACCAGGAGUCCAUCCAGUCCAUCCAGUCCAACAGCCAAUUCUCACAGUAGGCACCCACAACAAGAACACUCAUCAGAUGUUCCCCAUUCUCUGGUAUGUAGAGCUAAUACUCCGUGGGCAUGGAGGUUCUUCUAUCACAAUGGGCAUCUAUGAAAAGAUGUCCUGUUGGAUCAGGCCAAUGGCCCACCAAGUCCAGUAUCCUGUUAUCCAACCAGAUGCCCACUAGAGGAAGCCCCGCCCCCCAGCAGAACUUGAACACAAGUGUCUUCUCCAUUCCUGUAGUUUCCAGCAACUGGUGUUCAGAAGCAUUGCUGCCUCCAACCAUGGAAGCAGAACAUGGCCAUUAUGGCUAUUGAAACCCUUGACCUCCAUGAAUUUAAUCUGUCCAAUUCUCUUUAAAGCCUGUGAUUCAGAGGGAACAUGGCUUCCAGCUGAUAGCCACUGAUCAGCAUGGAUUUGUCCAUUAGAGUACCAAGCAUAAGUAGAAACAUAUUCACUAUUUUUCCUCCAUUCACCUGUCUGUUGAAGUUGUGCUUGUGGGGCGGGGGUGGGAAACUGGCUGCUUCUCAAGUUAACUGCUUCUGUUUAUCUUCUGUGUGUCCCUGACCUGCCUCCCUCCAACCCACCUUUCUGCUCAGGUACAAAACAUGUCCCAGUCAAUAGAAGUGUUGGACAGGCGGACCCAGCGGGAUCUACAGUACGUUGAGAAGAUGGAGAACCAGAUGAGAGGCCUGGAGUCGAAGUUCAAGCAAGUGGAAGAGAGUCACAAGCAGCACCUGGCCAGACAGUUCAAGGUGAGCUUGCUUCUUGCCCAGGGGAUGAGACUGAGCUGCCUUUGGGGGGGGGGAAGGUGGUCUUAGCUCAGCAGGUAGAGGGUUUGGUUUGCAUGUAGAAGGUCAAGGCUCAAUCCCCAGCUAAAGCUGGGAAGUUCCCCUGCCUGAACCGCUGAAGAGCCUCUGCCAGUCAGUGUAGGUAUUGCUAAGCUAGAUGUACCAAUGGCAGAAAAGGGCAGUUUCCUAUGUUCCGAUCGACUCAACCAUUUAUUCACAGCCAUGAGGACUAGAACCUUGUCAAAAGAAAGGCACUAGCUCACUGGUAGAGCAUCCGCUUUGCAUGCAGAAGGUUCCGGUUCAAUCCCUGACUUCUCUGGCUAGGGUUGGGAAGAGAUUCCCUACCUGAAACCCUGGAGAGCUGCUGCCUGUCAGUGUUGGCAAUACUGAGUUAGAGAGACCAAUGGUCUGACUCAGUAUCCCACAGCUUCCUGUAUUCCGAUUAUUCAGCCCUCUCUUCAGAAUUGUGAGCGCUAGAACCUUUGUUUGUGUGUGAAGGGCUGUAGCUCAGUGGCAGAGCAUGCAGACAGCUCCCUAGCAGUAUCUCCUAUUAUGGCUUAGAAAGUCCCCUGUCUAAGACCCUGGAGAGCCACUGCUAAGUCAGUGUGGACAAUACUGAGCUAGACAGACCAAUGGUCUGCCUCAGUAUAAAGCAACUUCCUAUGUUCCUAUUUAAUUCAGCCCCUCUUCCCAGAACCGUUAGGAACGGAAUCCUAAUCUCCUCUUACCUGGAGGUGCCUAGAGCCAAACCAUUUUAGGACUGCAUCGCAAAUGCUCUAUCACUGAGUUAUGAUCUUUUCUCAUAGAAAGGAUGCAGGGCUGUGCACUUAUAGUGCAGUUUACAUAAAAGUCAUGAUGUGAAAUCAUUGGAAGGUUCCCCCCCACACACACACACACUCACACUCCCUCCCUCCCCGAUUGUCCAGCCGCUCAGACUGGCUAUUGACACUUCCACAACUGAAUUUAGAAGGGGUUUUUUGUUUUGUUUUUGAGAGGGACCUCUUAAACCUCAGGGUCCUUUCCCCUUUACAACCCUACCAUUGACAAAGUCACUGUGUGGAUGAGAGAAGGAUCCCAUUCACACCAUACAUUGAAAGCAUGACAAAAGCCACUUUAAGCAGAGAAUUCUGGGAGUUCUAGUUUGUUAAGGGUAUGCUGAGAGUAGAUAAAAGGCCCCCUUAGUCUCCUCUCAGAGUGGUUUAACAGUUAAUGCCUCUUUCAAGGGAACUCUGGGAAUUGGAGCCCUUUGAGGAGAAGGGGGGAGGGGUGUCUCCUAACAACUCUCGGCACUGUGAACAAACUACAGUUUCUAGAAAAUCCAUAGCUGUUUAAAAUAGUAUCACGGUGUUUUAAACAUAGGGCGUAACUGUGCCCAAGUCAUUAAAGUGUUUUUCUUUUCUUGGGGGUGGGCUGCGGGUGGGCACCUGUUUUUCCAGAUUGCAAUCCCGCUAACUGCAUUGACUUCCGAGUAAACCCACCGGGCUUGCUUGAGAGUCAAGCACAGUUAGGAAGACCAGAACCCAUUAUUUUAUUUUGUCUUAAUUGAUUAAUUCAUGUUUUAAAAAGAAAAGAAACAGUCUGUUAAUAGCUGCUGUCUGUUUAAGGAGGUUAGCAAGCUAGCUGUUCAACCGCCUCUCAUUUUCUUGCUUUCAGGGCUAACUUAAAAGAAAUUUUAACACCCAAUGUCGCACUGACUGAAGAAGCCGUUCAUUCCCCCUCCAUGUAACCAUGAAAAAAAAAGCAGAAAGCAGAGAGCCUUUCCCGCCAUCCUUUGAUUUCCUCUUCAUUUGAUUAUUCUUAAUUAUUUUUGUUUCCGUUUUUUGGCAAAUUAGCACCAUUAUUCCAGCGUCACAAACAGCCGAGAGUUCUAACUUUUGCAUGUAAACUGUUAGAGAUGCAUUUCAUGACUAGUUUUGCAAAAAUCCUUGUUGAUGCAUUAAUUAUUUAUUAUUAUUAUUAUUAUUAUUAUUAUUAUUAUUAUUAAUUUAUGGAAAAGGGAAAAAAAGAAUUUGUGUAUGUGACUGAAGCAUGUAACCUUAAGAUGUUGCAUUCUAAAAAAAAAAAGAAAAAAAAUUCUAAAUAAAGGCCUUUUUUCCCAAAUAAGAUGGUGUGCUCCAGACUGUUUAAUAUUAUAUAAUAUAUUUAUAUUUAUAUAUCCUUUCCACAUUUGGACACCCACCCCCACCCCUACUCAGCAAGCAUUAAUAAUACUAAUAAUAAUGGUGGUCUUUUGUUGUGAGGGUGUUGGAGAAAGCACAUCCCAGGCAGGCAGCUCUCUUAGAGGUAGGCGAGGGGUGAGCAGGGCUUUUGCAGACCAGAGCAUUGAAACCAAGCUUAUUUUAACCUUGCAGGCAAUUAAAGCGAAAAUGGAGGAGCUUAGGCCCCUGAUCCCUGUGUUGGAGGAGUACAAGGCCGAUGCCAAAUUGGUUUUGCAGUUUAAAGAGGAGGUCCAGAAUCUGACGUCAGUUCUUAACGAGCUCCAGGAGGAGAUUGGCGCCUAUGACUACGAAGAGCUUCAGAACAGAGUGUCAAAUCUUGAGGAGAGACUCCGGGCUUGCAUGCAAAAAUUAGGUAGGCCUGCACGACCCAAGCGAGCAGGAGGAGGAGGACCUGCCCUGGUGGAGGAGAGGGCAGGGGGCACAUGCCUCUAACCCGUUUAAUGUCAACCAGUCACCAAGACUCAAGAGGUUUAGGAGCUAUGUGUACAGAUCCGAGCUUUAUGUCAAGAUGACAUAACCCUUCCUUGAGGGGAAGGGGGUGGUAGCGCAGUGGGUAGAGCAUCUGCCUUAUGUGCCAAAGACUGCCCAGUUCGAUCCCCUGCAUCUCGUGUUAGGGCUGGGGAAAGACUUGCUGGAGAGCUGCUGCCAGUCAGUGUCAGAAACACUAGCUGUGAUUCCUGCACUGCGAGGGGGGGGGGGGAUUGGGACAAGAUGACACUUGGGGUCCCUUCCAACUCUACUAUGUUAUGAUUCCAUGACCUUGACAGAUGGUGGACUCUCCUUUAUUGGAGGUUUUACGCCGGCUCCCUUGGCCAAUAAAGCAAGAUGAGCGCCGCAACCCCAGAGUCGGCCACGACUGGACCUAAUGGUCAGGGGUCCCUUUACCUUUACUAAGCAGAGUUUGGAUGGCCAUCUGUCAGGGAUUCUUUAGCCUUGAUGCCUUCAUUCCAGGGAGUUGGGCUAGAUGACAUUUGGGGUCCCUUCCAACUUUACAAUUCUCUUAAUUAUAUGAUUCUACUGGGCAAGAUACACCAAUGGUAUAAAGUAGCUUGCAAUGUUCCUCUUUAAGGCAGCCCUUUAUUGAGAACAAUGAGGACUAGAACCUUACUUUAUUCUUAGCGGGAGGACCAUAGUUCAGUGGCAAAGCACCUGCCGUUUAUCCUCCCAGGAGGUCCCAGGUAAGGUCUCUGACAUGUGUAGCUGGAGCUGGGGAAAUACCCUUUUCUGAAAGCCUGGAGAGCCAGUGUCCAUUUGGCCCCUUAAUUCUGAACAAUGAGGACUAGAAAUGUAAUAUUUAGGGGAGGGUCCAUUACACAGUGGCAGAGCACAUAUUUUGCAUGCAGAAAUCUCCAUGGUCAGUCCCAGGUGGGGCUGGAAAUGCCCCCCUGGUCUAAAACUCUGGGAAGCUGUUGCCAGUCAGAGCAGAUAGUACUAAGCUAGGUGGAGCUUGUGUUCCUAACCCAGCACCUGUUUUCAGUGCCAAAGUUUUAACCAUGGAAAAGAGAGGGAGGGAGAAAAAAAGAAAUAAUGAGAGAAAGCAUAGGCAAAGGUGCUCAUGAGGUGGUGCAGAGUGCAUUUCCUUGAGUCUCAUAGGAUCUCCACAGAUCAGGAAUCAGGUUUCCAAACUGGGUGGUGUUGUUUGGUUAGACUCCAAAGUAUCAGGCAGCAUGUUUCAGCUGCUCCUUGGGGCUUUGGAUCAAGUGAUUCUUGGACACCCCCAUGGCAAGCCACAUUGGAAGUGAUAGGGAGUACUUUGAUAUGCGUUUAGGGGGUGUGUGUGCAUUUGCUGUACAGAGGGAGAAGUGAAAAAUCCCACUGAACACACAAAUCCUUGCAAGCACCAAAAUAUGUUCUUUGGCAAGCACUCUGAACAUGCUCAGAGAUACUCUCCUUUUUAUCCAGUUUGCAAAAAUGGAGGAGGAAGGGGGGAAAUAAGACCCAGCUACUGCAUGAUUAUGGUUCCAGCCCCAACAUGUCCUAGAUGACUAUAAGCUGGUCUGUGAACUUGGAGACAGAGAUGCUCUUGCCUUGUUCUACAUCACAUAUUCCUGGAAUGCAUUGCUCAUUGGCUACCAUUGGGUCAAAGUUCCAAGGAGAACCUUGAAAGGAAACAAAUGAUUCAGGUAGCAAGGAUAUUGUUCAAUAAAUGCACACGUCAGCACAUUCACACAGUAGGGAGAUUUCGGAAGCAUUGGAGUGAUGCCCACAACUCUGCGCCAGGAGAUAGGCUUGUUCUUUCAGAAGGUCCCAGGUCCAAUCCCCAACAGAUCUCCAGGUAGAGCUUGGAAAGCCCUCCUAUCUGAAAUUCUGGUGAGCUGCUACUUGUCAGCAUCCACUGAACUGGACCAGGGGUCGCCAACCUUUCUGGAGUGUGAUUUUUCGGGAGGCAGGGGAGUGCUACCAGUCACCAAAUGGCUGCCAUGGAGGCAAAUGCUGGGAAUCACAAGCAGGGAGAGUUACUGCUUCUGUGGUCAGGUUCUGCUCAUUGGCUUCCUAUUGUAGCAUCCUGUUGACUGCUGUGGGAACAGGACUCUAGACUUUAGACGCCCCCUUUGACUUGAUGUAGCACCCAGGCUCUCUUUAUGCUUAUUACGAACACAGAACUAUGAAGUCUUGGUCACCCCCUGACAUCCUGCUGCUGACGCUUUUACUCCUGGGUCCACAACAGGUAGACCUUAGGCCCUAUCUGUUUUCCUGGAGGGUGACUUCUGCUCUGCUGCCCUUCAGUUUCCAACAAAAUAGGUGGCAAACUGGAUGAGACUGCUUGAAAGGAUGAGGUGGAGCCUUUUCCUUGUUUCCCAUUACUCCUGUCUCAAAGUGAUCCUCAGGCCAAAUGAAUCAGUAGCAGCCAAUGAUACUCCUACUUAGAGAAGACCCACUGAACUGAUGGAUGUGGCAAAUUUAGGUAUUUUAAUUACAACACCUCUUUUCUGACUAGAACUUAAGUUGGAUUCCACCAUAAUUGUCCAGUGUUAUUUAUUGAUUAUAUGCUGCUUACAUGCCAAAUUGGCCUCCAAGCGGUUUACAACUCUAAAACCAAUCUGUAAUUAAAAUAGGCAAUAACAAUUCCAUUGGGGCACUAAGACAUCCUUCAUUAAAAUAGACAAUAAAACAAGCAAUUGAGAAGCAAAACAGUUUUUAAAAAUCAAAAGAGCUAAAACUAUAAAAUCAAAAGUUCGGUUCAGCGGAAUGGCUGAACAGGUGUGUUCUCAAGAGUCAACAGGGCUCAUAUCUGAAAUCACUGCACUGAAGACCCCUAGUCUGCCCAUUUUCUGAUUCACCAACUCUGUAACUAGGGCCAAACUGUUAUCUUCUAUUUCACACACACACACGUUCAUCAGAACUUCAAAGCCUGGGUGUUGAGUACCUUGACAGACUGAGUUCCUUUUGAAAAAGGAUUAGAUGCAUUCUCUGAACCCACUAUUUUGGGGGGCGGGUAAGUUUUCGGUGUAGGACAGAAAAAGGCGUAAAAUUGUACAUUCAUUCAGAAUGAGAGCCAAAGCAUUGCUCUCAUUCCACAUGGGCUUUAUGAUACCUGGGGGUGUAACAGUAUGGCCUCAACCUGCUCAGAAUGCGAUCCCCAAUAAACUGAGAUGUUAGAUCUUAGCAAAUGGCACCAAUUGAGGCAAGUAAGGGAAGGUGUUGAUACAGGUAAUGUGGAGGUAGGAAACAGUCACAGGAACUGUGAGCAAAGUUUUGGAGAGUGGUUGUUUCCUCAGCCACCUCUUUCCACACUGAAAAUGAUUGCACAUUAUCAUUUGGUGAAGCCAGUAAAUGGAUUCUUGGUUCAUAUAUGUGUGAAUGCUAGUAAAUGAAGUUUAUAUAAGAGCAUAAGGACAGGCCUGCUGGAUCAGGCCAAUGGCCCAACUAGUCCAGCAUCCCAUUCUCACAGUGGCCAAUCCAAAUGUUCCAAUGGGAAACUCAAUCAUGACCUGAGCAAAAGAGCCCCCUCACUUCCUAGGGUUUCCAACUGGUUUUUAGAAACAUUGCUCUCUCCAGCUGUGGAGGCAGAGCACAGCCAUCAUGGCUCCAUGAAUUUGCCCAGUCCUCUUUCAAAGCCAUUCAAAUCAAUGACCAUCACUCCUUCCUGCAGGAGUGAGUUCAAUAGUCUUAACUAUUUGCUGUAUGAAAGAGCACAUCCUUUUAUCUGCCCCGAGUCUCUAUCCACUUUCUCCAUGCCAUGCAUCAUUUUAGAAGCUCCUACCAUGUCACUUCUUACUUGCCUCUUGUCUAAACUAUAAAGUCCAAAAUGCUGCAGCCUUUCCUCCUAAGGGAGUCACUCCAUCCCCUUGAUCAUUUUGGUGGUCCUUUUCUGAACCUUUUCCAAUAUCCUGUCUGAGAUGAGGGGACAAAAACUGAACACAGUACUCCAAAUGUGGCCACACCAUAGAACUGUAUAACAGCAUUAUGCUUCAAUUCAGCAGUUUUAUUUUCAAUUCCAUUCCUAAUUAUGUUCCAAGGUGUACUUUGUGCUCUCUGUUUUGAGUGCAAGGUGCACAUAAAUUUAUGGAACUGGCUAGGGGUUUGUGUCUUAUUUCUGUGUUCCCAGUAACAGCUAGGGUCACAGACAAGAAUGCAGGAAGGAAGGCCCAUGGAAGGCUGUCUUGAACCAGAUUCUUGCUGGAGAGGGCCAGGACCCUGGACAGAGACAAAGGUGCAGGGUGGAGUACAUGUGGAACACACAUGUCAGGACCAUGGACCUUGCAACUGACAGCAGGAAAGCCCUAUUUCUGGCAUGGCCAAACUUGGCCCUCCAGCUGUUUGGGGACUACAACUCCCACCAUCCCUAGCUAACAAGACCAGUAGUCAGAGCUGAUGGGAACUGUAGUCCCAAAACAGCUGGAGGGCCAAGUUUGGCCAUGCCUGCCCUAUUUGGACAUACUUGGAACUGAUCCUGGUACCUUUUGCAUGUGAAACAUGUAAAAAAAAAAAAAGCCCAUCUCCUGAACUGGCUUAAACUGAGUCCAUCAGAGUCCAUCAGAGAACUGAUCCAUCUAAAUCCAUGAGAGAGGAAGAGGGGUCUUCGGACAUCUCCCAACACCCUUAACAAUCUAUAGUGCCCAGAAUUCUUUGGAGGAAGUCAUGAUUGUUUAAAGUGGCAUCAUAGUGCUGACAUGAACAUGGCAUAGGCAGUCCUAACAGCACUGAAAACAUCAAGCAAGGAACUCUGUUAAUACAGUGGCAUGCCAGUGAUCAAAAAUGCCAGUUUAGAUGACUGAGAAGCACUAUAUUUUUUGGCUCAAUAGCAGCUGGCAAAUACCAGUCAUCCAACAAAUCAGUGGUUUUGUAAGCAAGAGCGAAAACAUGAGUUAUCUCUGCUCCAUCAUCAAAAGUCCUGAUUCUGGUCAAUUUCCUUUCUUUGCUCCUUUGAACCAUUAGCAUCCCAGCUGUUUUCAGAACAAUUUCCUUUCUUGGGAGUGCCAGAAGGCAGUUUUCUUAAUAAGGCUGCUGUUUGUUAAGAGAAGGAGGCUAUUGGAUGUGGCUGACAAUUCUCAAUUUAAUUACCAUUAAUUAGAGAAGGAGGAGGGAGUCAUAGGCACUGUAACCGCUCUAAUGCACCGUGGUGAUGAUGAUGUCAGCUGCUGUUUGGAAUGUGCUGUUCAGAUCUCCACUACUGCCCAUUGUUUAGCACUUUCACAGCUGACUCAAGGUUACAUUUUGCUACCCAGAAAGAAUCCUAGAAUUGGAGAGUUGGAACCCCAGGGGUCUAGUCCAAUCCCCUGCAAUGCAGGAGUCACAGCCAAAGAAUCCCCAACAGAUGGCUAUCUGACCUGUGUGGAUGAUCACUGGAUGAUCCAAGAAGGGACCCCCUGCUGUGUCUCACAAAGCCAAUCUUUUUGUUUUCGUUUUCACCUGAGCAGUUUAUGAGUGUUCCGCGGCAUCACAAACACCCUGGAUGGUGAUAGGAUCAUAGGAUGGUUGAGUUGGAAGGUUCCCAAAGGGCCAUCUAGUUCAACUCACUGCAAUGCAAGGGGCUACAUGCCUAUCUGGCUGCAAGGUGCACUGGAAUCCUAACAUCCUGUGUCUCCUUCACUCACUUUGGUAAGGUCAUCUCCAGGUAACAACUGGGAAAGCCCUGAAACCCUGGAGAGCUGCUGCCGGUCAGUGCUAACAAUGCACUUAGAUGAACCUGUGGUCUGGCUCAGUUAAAGGCAAUGCCCUGUGUUCCCUCUUGAAAGAGGAGUGCUUUCUUUGUAAACUCAGUUUUUGAAAAGAGGGAAUUUCCUUGCAGAUGGAUAGAACAGAAGAAGCUAAGAAGAGCCCAGCUGGAUGAGGCCAAUGGCCCAUCUAGCCCAGCACCCUGUUCUCACAGUGGCCAAGCAGAAGGGUCAAUGUGAAAUCCAUAAGCAGGACCUGAGCACAACAGCAACACUCUCCCCACUUGUAAUUUCCCAGCAACUGGCAUUCAGAGCCAGACUCCUCUUGAGCAUGGAGGUUCUGCUCUCACCGUUGACCUCCACAUGGAGAGCAUUGCUGGGCACCCAUCUAGUCCAACCUCCUAUUCUCACAGUGGCCAACAAAUAAUCAUUAUGGGAUGCCCCAAGCAAGACUGAGCACAAUAACAACUUUCCCCUCCUGCAAUUCCCAGCAAAUGUUACUAAGAGUAUGACCACCAGGUUUAGAAAAGGGUCUGCUCAAGACAGAGUGAAGUGUAUACCUGUAUAAGAAUUCUGCACAUGGUCUGCUAAUGUUUACAGGGGCUUUCCUGUUCACAUUCAGUGAUAGUCCUCCAGCCAAGGACCUGACUGGGUGGCUUAUGAAAUGGAAAGCCAUCCCUCCACCACCACCCCAAAAAAAUUCCCAAGAUAAUGGCUGAUUUAGACAGGGCACCAUUAAAAUUCAUAUAGUUUGCUCACUCCCAUUGUGUUCAACCUUUCUGCAGCCUGUGGGAAACUGACAGCAAUAAGUGACCCAAUCACAGUCAAGACAUCUGGAUCCAGGUUUGGCUCAUGGAUGACAGACCCACUAGCUCCAGAGGGUGAGAGCAAGGUAAGAUGAUGAACCUCACUGCACCUGUAACAUGAUCCUGAGCUUCUUCCUUUGAUCCCAUACUAAACCAUGGACUGCCACCAAGGGAUAUGCGGCAGUUCCCAUUCACAAAAUUAUGCUUUCAUGAGAAAAACACACACACACACACACACACACACACACACAACUUUUCAUUGUUUCUCAAAAUGUGUCCAUUAUUUCGUAGCCAGGGUCAGGUUCCCUAAGGAACUGCCUUGUCCCAUAUAUUCCUAUGAUCCUUAGAUGGGAUGCUGCAGAGAGUAUCUCAUGCCCUCUAGUAUGUAAUAGAAAUGGGGCUUUUUAAAGUCAUCACUUGAUUGCAGGGUAUUUAACUACUAUGUUGCUCCACAGGACAUGCAGUUAAAUGUGUGAACUGUCUCCGUAGAAAUAAAUUCCAUCUAUAAUGGUAUUGUGGAGACCCCAAUUUCCCAACUGAACCCACAAGCUGUUGAUUAGCAUUGAAGCACAAGGUUGAAUUAGUUCGCAAUUCAUUCUUGGAGCUACCGGUACUUACAACAGGCAGCAAAGCAGAGUGUUGCAUACAACUCCUCAGAGUUGACCAAUUUAAAUUAGUAUACCUAAGUGGGUCAAGUCCAGCAACAUAAGAAGAGUCUGCUAGAUGAAGCUAAAGGCCCAUCUAGUCCAGCAUCCUGUUCUCACAGGAUGGCCAACCAGAUGUCCAUUAUAGGAAACCAGUAAGCAGGACCUGAGCCCAAGAGCUCUCUCUCCCCUCCCCUCCAGCAACUAGCAUUCAGAAGCAUUCCUGCUUCUGACUGUGGGGGCAGAGCACAGCCAUCAUAGCUGGCAGUCAUUGGUAGCCUUCUCUAUGAAUUUGGCUCCUCUUUAAAAGCCAUCUAGAUUGGUGGCCAUUACUUCCUCCUGUGGAAGUCAGCUCCAUAGUUUAACUAUGCUCUGCAUGAAGAAGCCCUUCAUUUUAUCUGUCUUGGAUGUUGCAAUAUUCAUCUUCUUGGAAUGUCCAUGAGUUCUAACCUUAUGAGAGAGGGGGAGAGAGAAAUCUCUCUCCACUUUCUCCAUGCUGUGCAUAAUUUUAUAAAUGUCUAUCAUCUUACAGUUUCUCUAGACCAAAAUGCUGCAACCUAUUUUUUAAAAUUGUUGUUGUUGCUGUUGUUUGUCCUACACCCUAAGGUCCCAGGCAUUAAAACACAAUAAAAAACCAUUUAAAACAACUGACAAACACAUACAGUGGUACCUCGAGUUAAGUACUUAAUUCGUUCCGGAGGUCCGUUCUUAACCUGAAACUGUUCUCAACCUGAAGUACCACUUUAGCUAAUGGGGCCUCCUGCUGCCGCCGCGCCGCUGCUGCGCGAUUUCUGUUCUCAUCCUGAAGCAAAGUUCUUAACCUGAAGCACUAUUUCUGGGUUAGUGGAGUCUGUAUCCUGAAGCGUCUGUAACCUGAAGCAUAUGUAACCCAAAGUACCACUGUUUACAAGGUGGCUCCUAAAAGCAUGCACGUCAAGUGUCAAAAGCCUGGGCAAAGAGGGUGAUGGAUCUACUCUGAGUAGGACUAACUUUGGACACAACCUUGUAUCUAUACAGAAUGUUUCUCAAACAUCUUUUUUCCUUCUUCCUAAUGCUGACAUCUGUAUGCAUUUUCUGUAGGUCUGGUAUAUGGACAGCUAUCACAACAAUCGCUUUGUCCGGGAGUACAAAUCCAUGUCCGAUUUCAUUAACACUGACAACUUCACCUCCCACCGCCUCCCUCACCCAUGGUCUGGGACAGGACAAGUGGUCUAUAACGGCUCCAUCUUUUUCAACAAAUACCAAAGCCACAUCAUAAUCAAAUUUGACUUGAAAACGGAGACCAUCCUUAAGACUCGUAGCCUGGACUAUGCCGGCUAUAACAAUGUCUACCACUAUGCCUGGGGUGGCCACUCGGACAUUGACCUCAUGGUGGAUGAGAAUGGCCUGUGGGCCGUCUAUGCCACCAACCAGAAUGCGGGGAACAUUGUCAUCAGCAAGCUGGACCCCAACACUUUGCAGAGCAUCCAGACUUGGAACACCAGUUACCCCAAACGCAGCGCUGGAGAAGGGUUCAUCAUUUGUGGCACAUUAUACGUCACCAAUGGUUACUCGGGGGGUACGAAAGUGACCUACGCCUAUCAGACCAACACCUCCACUUACGAAUACAUCGAUAUCCCCUUCCUAAACAAAUACUCCCACAUUUCCAUGUUGGACUACAACCCCAAGGACAGAGCUCUCUAUGCGUGGAACAACGGUCAUCAAAUCCUUUACAACGUCACCCUCUUCCACGUGGUCCGAUCAGACGAAUUGUAGUCCACUUUUUUUCGUCGGGAAAGGAAUUGAACCAUUUAACAAAAAACAAACAAACCUGGAAGGGAUACAUACUAUGGAAAUAUAUUUUAAAAGAAAAAAUAGAUAUAAUGAAAAAGGAAAACAGCUGCCAAAAUGUCAAUGUGGGAGUCUCCGGUAUUUAAACCUGCAAGAGAUCUGCGCUCAUACCUCUCCGAAUUUUCAAUCAAACAUCUAACUCGUGUUAUAGACCUUUGGGAGGGGGGGAAUGAAACCAACUUAUUUGCAGCUGGAACUGCACUUGACAAAUUAAUUUUCUGUUCUUGGGUGUCUUAUUUUUCAAGGGCAGGUGGUCUGUCUGUUCUCUUUCCCUACUGUUCUGAUAGCAAAGUUGUAGUUAUAAAGUACAAAGUAAAAGGCGAUGACUGUUGGGGGGAAAACUUUAUCAUGGGGAUGUGGGGGGGGGAAGGGGGGGACACCUGAUUCUUCAAUUGCUCUCUUAUUUUUUGGUGCAUUGCAUGGACAAUUCCUUCCAUCACAGUCAGCUAUGAUGAGGUGUUGAAGUUGACUCACAUCAAUGGGCUUCUCAAUUUUAAUUUUUUUAUUUUACUUUUAGAAGGAAUGUUGCAGGUAGAUAUUGUCUCCCAUGGCGCCUACUCGCGAGUAUUUCACUCUCUGCUUCUUCUUCUUUUUUAAAACAAACAAACAAACAAACAUCUCCCCCCUCUGUGUUUUAUGUCACCUUUAGAUUCAUUGUCCUGGGACCCAAAGUAGCUAAUGGAUCUGUGUCUCUUUAAGUAGAUAUAAAUACACGAAUAAAAAAAAAUGAAAAAAAAUAUAAAAAGGUAUGUAUUAUGGACAAGUUGUUGUACCCAAAUAUUUGUUUGAACAUGUAUCCAGCCAAUAUCUUGUACAAUGUUAUGUCUGUUAUUAACCAGAGGUGGUAAAAAAACAAAAACUUUGUAUGUCCAAGUUUAUGCAAUGAAUGUUGUAAAUGCCAAUGAUGUCAUUUGGAUUAAUAAAUGAAGGUUUCAUAUCUU